UUAAGGUAAAUCCGCAACAGCAGAUCCCCAAUUCUAAACAUUGAAACCCAAACCCACACUCCGCCCCUUCCGCCUCCGCUUCCGCUUCCGCCCAAGCCCAAAUCUCAAACCAUCGCUACGCUUGUGUGACUCUUCUCCGUUUCUGUCAUCGACUUCUCUUACCUACAUCAUCAUACACGCCAUCUCGGUUCGGUUUUUGAACGAUUUCUUCUUCCGCGAUUUCAUGUUCUCUAAUCGUCGGCUCCGAAGCAAAACCGCGACCCUAAUCUCGAUUGCUCACGGCUUUGUCUCAUCGGAAUCGACUUGAAUUUGGUCGGUAUGUGCAAUAGACACCCACAGUGGAAAUUCAGAUGAAUUGCUUUACAUGUAUACAAUCUCCCAAAGAUCCUUAUGACUACAUUGGCUAUUUAAUCCCUAGCUUCUAGCAAUACUUUGUUGUGAUAUGAUAUAUGCCUGCUCACUCACCUUGACCUAUUUGUAACCGAGGCUAAAAGAGAUGUAUUUGGAAGUAUUUAAAUGGAGAUUUAUCUGAAAGAGUGUAUUUUUGGGAUGCUCUUUAGGGGGGAAAGCCAAAGGAUGAAAAUUGUUUUUCUGUCGUGGCAUAGCUCAUGUUUUCCCAAUGUUUACAGGAAAGGUCCCAUUCAUCUUGCAUCUACAACUUUCCGACAAUUAGAUAGACAUUUGCAGGAAAAGGGUGAUUCGUGAGUGCAAUGGACCCUGGACGCUAUGGUCUUCAUCAAGGAUGGGAAAAUAACAGCUAUCUCUUCCUUAAAGAGCAUGAGAGAAGCCAUGGGACAGUGAGGAUGUGGAAUCGUUUGCCUACGUUUACCAUGAUUAUUACUUGCUGACACAACUUAUUCUCUUGAAUCCACAGGCUUUGGAGGGGUAUGGUGCUGCUCAUGAUACAAAUUUUCGGUGAGUCCACUGUGAUGCUUUUUCUCAACCCGAGAGUGUUGAUUUCAUGUGGUUAAAUUGAAGAUUCUAAGAUGUCAAUUCUCUUAAAUAGCUUUCAGAUGAUUUUUUUAGCAAAAGUGCCUAACAGGCAGUUGGCUGUUCCCCCCCUUCCCCCCUGUCCGUUCUUUAUUUGUUUGGUUUCUAUUUCUGAAAAAGAUCCUAUUUUCUUAGUAAAUUUUUGCAAUUACAUAUGGAUGUUGCUUUUAGUUCUUUCCACUUCUUCUACGGGCCCUUGCCUCAUAUUGUUUUGGCAGGGAUGAUGGAUCUUAUGAUGAUAGGAGGUUUAUAGAUGAAAGGUUCUCUAGGGAUAAUGUCUACCCAAGGGGUGCCUUUCAUCGAGAUGUACUGGAGAGGGAUAAUUAUCCUCCACCCCCAUCAUCAGUUGGGAUGUGGCCUCAAACGAGGAGGAGAAGCUAUGAAGAAGAGUAUUCUUUGGAUAGGGAUAUUAGAAGGCAUGCAAAGCCGCCUUCUAGGUAUGGCGGCCGUGAUCGGGAGGAUUAUGGCUAUGAUGAUUAUGACUACAGAUCUCGUGCUUCCCAUCAAAGCAAGGAGGACAGCCGUGACAGGGAUUAUGAUCAUGGAAGACACAGUUAUGAUUCUGACUACGAGAGGAGUGGUAGAAGAGAUGGUAACUGGAGAAGACGUGAAUCUCGGGAUCGAGAAUGGGACAAGAGAGGUGUGAGUCGUGAAAGGGAUGAAAGCCCUUAUAGAAGGCAUGAGCAUUCCCCUUCUCAUUCUCGAUCUCGUUCUCGUGAUCGUGAUGAUUGGGCUAGGUCAAAGUCUCCUCGAGGCCGCAGUCAUGGUCGAAGUUAUAGGGAAGACAGCUAUGAGGACAGUCGUUAUGAAAGAGGUGACAGGAGAAGGGAUCGUGAAGAUAGGCGUCAGAAUAACCAUUCUGUUGCGCCUUCUGCCACUGUUGUGGUGAAGGGUCUUUCUCAAAAGACAACCGAAGAAGAUUUGUAUCAGAUUCUUGUGGAGUGGGGACCCCUUCGUCAUGUUAGAGUUAUUAAAGAGCGAAACUCUGGCGUCUCUCGUGGAUUUGCUUUUAUUGAUUUCCCUUCUGUGGAUUCAGCACAAGCAAUGAUGGAUAAGCUUGGGCAUGAAGGUCUUCUUGUUGAUGGAAGGAAGCUCUUCUUUGAGUACAGUAGUAAGCCAACUGGUGCUAAUGGAAUUGUUGGGAUGGACAGUGGAUCUAGAUCAGGCCAUGGUAGCUAUAGAAGUAUGAUGGUGCCAUCUGAUUGGAUGUGCACAAUAUGUGGCUGUGUCAAUUUUGCCCGAAGGACAUCUUGUUUUCAGUGUAAUGAACCAAGAACAGACGAUGCUCCCCCUGCUGAUAUGGCAUCGUCAAAUUUUAAUCCAGCUGGCAAGAGAGGGGAAUCAGGCCCAACACAUGUUCUUGUUGUCCGUGGGUUGGAUGAAAAUGCUGAUGAGGAAAUGCUACGCUAUGAAUUUUCUAAACAUGCCCCUAUUAAGGAUUUGCGGUUAGUUAGAGACAAAUUCACACAUGUUUCAAGAGGAUUUGCAUUUAUCCAUUUCUAUUCCGUUGAGGAUGCCACUAAAGCUCUUGAAGCAACAAACGGUACUACUUUGGAGAAGAAUGGUCAGAUUCUUAGAGUUGCCUAUGCCAAAAGUAUUGUUGGGCCUGGAUCAGCUGUUUCAGGAGCUUCUCAGUCGAGCAGUCUUGCUGCAGCUGCAAUUGAAGCAGCUACAUUUGCUCAGCAGUAUGAUGCUGUUGGCUGGGCACCUAAAGAAUACAAUCCAGAGGACAACCAAUCUGGUGGAGGUCAUGGGCAGAGUGGACAUGUUGCAGGAGAAACAGAUUCUUCAGCUCCACAAUCUGGUUUUGUGUGGGACGAAGCCUCUGGUUAUUACUAUGAUGCUACCUCUGGUUUCUACUACGAUGGAACCACAGGUCUAUAUUAUGAUGGGAAUAAUGGUCUCUGGUAUUCUUAUGAUCAACAAACUCAGCAGUAUAUUCCUUGUAAUGAUCAGAAUGGCAAGACAUCUGAAAAACAAAUUGAUGCUUCUAAGACAUCGGAUGCUUCUAAUAAUCGAAAAGUCAUCAUUUCUGCACCAGCUGCUACCAUAACUUCAAAUGAGAAAGCUGCUUCAUUACCAGAUGCUGUCCAGGCUGCAGCUGCUGCUGCGCUAGCAGCUGAGAAGAAAGAAAAGGAGAAACUUAAAGAGAUCAGACUUGCUUCCAAAAGUAGCAUAAUGGCUAACAAGAAGAAGAUGAAUAAUGUCUUAACCAUGUGGAAGCAAAGAAGUAAUGAAGGACAAGCACCACGAGUGGCUCUCGAGGACAAUCAGCCGUCCGCAUCAGUUGAAGAGAGAUCUAACCCAGCAUCAUCUAUGAAGAGCAAAUUAAUAAAUGGACUGGUAGCAAAAGAGAAUGUUAUAGCUUCUGCAGGAUUGAUGAGUGCCUCAACUCAAUCUGCUGGCAUGGAAUCCCAGAACAGGACAAAGCCCAUCAGCGCCAGUUCUAGUGGAACCUUAAAAGGAGUGAUUAGGAGUUCUGGGAUGGGUGUUGUGAAAUAUGAUUCUGUUUAUAUGGGACCAGAAGGUACAACGGCUUCAUCAUUUGGUGCAUCUUCUGCAGGAUCUUCUUCAUUGACACAUACCGAACAUUCCACACCGGCUACACCAUAUAGAACAGGCGCAUCUGCAUUAGGCGGAUAUGCACCAUCUUCUGCUACAGGAAGUGGUAAAAGAAGGUUUUCUGAGAUGCCCACCACUUCUGUUACAAACAAAGAACAGUCUCAAUCAACUUAUCGAGAUCGUGCAGCUGAAAGAAGAAGCUUGUACGGUUCAUCAUCGGCUUUUGGGGACGAUGACAUGAAUGCUGGAAUUGUAGACUCAAACCGAGAUCCAGCAUAUAGACGAGGUGGUUUGGACUCUAUGCCUUUCCCUCCUGGUGUUGGUGGUGGACGAAGUAGUGGAGAUGCGAAUAUCCAGAGUUAUGAGGUGAUUACAGCAGACAAAGCCAUUGAUGAGAGCAAUGUGGGGAACCGGAUGCUCCGCAACAUGGGCUGGCAUGAAGGCUCGGGGCUGGGGAGAGAUGGGAGUGGCAUGGUAGAGCCCGUACAGGCUCAGGCCACAGAAACGAGAGCGGGACUAGGGAUCCAUCAACCGAAGAAAGUGGAUCCGAGCCUGGAGGUUCAGGCAGGAGAUAGCUACAAAGCUGUUAUUCAGAAGAAGGCGAUUGCUCGUUUUCGAGAAAUGUCAUGAUGUGAGUGAGAGGAUAGGGAAGCGCAAGCAAUGGUGUAGAAGAUGUACAGAUUGGAGUAGUGUUACUUUGAGUUGUAGGUGAUGUUGCUGUGCUCUUAGGUUCAGAGUUACUCAUUGUAGCAUAUAUACAUAUCCAGUGAUAUUAUAUCAUUGUCUCUGCUUGUUCCAUUUCGGAA